CCCCCACCCUUCCACGGGACCAUGGGGUUGGGGGUUUCAAUGACAAAGAUUAUAUUAUGUAAAACCAUAUAUAAGCAUAAAUCAAACAGAAAGGACGAAAUUAUUAUUUUUAACCCUUUGAAGUUCCUUUUUGAGAGAAGCAACCACCAUUUUCCUGGUUCUAAAAGAAGUGUUUAGGCUGCACACAGAUAAAAUAUGAUGAUGUGACUUAGAGUAAUCAAUCCAAAUACCCAAUUACUAGUGUUGGCAGAGUCGAGUUCAAUUUCUUGGUGAACCUGACUCACAGAGUAAUGUCAGUCUUAUUGGGAUCAAUACAUACUUCGGUUGAGUCACUUAUUGAACUUCGUACAGCGUACAGGAGUUCUGGAAUCUUGUCGAAUUGUGUUCCGAAUUUCAUACGGCGUUUGCUCUUUUCCGAUAUUGCCAGUGAAGUUUGCUUAAAAAGAUUAGUCGAGAGAUAUAUAAGUUGCCUUAACACGCUCAAAUUUGGCAAUGUGAGUGAUAAUUACGGCCGUUCUUUGUUAGAUUCCAUGCCUCAUUUCACCAAUCUGUCGGGGAUAUUUGAUCCGGUAAAUACUCUUUAGUGUCGGUCUACCUGAUAAACGCAAUAGACCGUAGACGCAAUAUUAAAAAUUACCCAGAAGACCCUGGGGAUUUGGGGGGCGUCGGAGGUAAAAAUGGCGAACAACACAACAGCGUAUGACACCGAUUGGAGCACAUUCGUACACGUAUUCUUCUUCCAUGCGGCCUUCCAGUUCCUUAUUGCAAUCCCCAUUAUUCUCGUAAAUGGUUUCGCUAUCUACGUGAUUCACAAAGACCCCAUCAAAUGCUUUCGUACUCCCCUCACGACUUUCAUCUCCGGAAUUCUUGGAGCAGACUGUCUCAUCGGAGUGGCCUUGCUGUUUGGCAUCAUGUCAUACUUCGUUGAUCUCUCUCAUUUCGCGACUUUACUGCCUAUUAUCAGCAUCAGCAUCAGCCUUUGCAUUAUGGUGGCGUUAGCAGUCGCUCAGCUUCUUGCCAUCGGGUGGACCGCCAAGUACGAACGCUACCUAUCAAGACGAAAAGCCAUCCUUGGCAUAGUCGCGAUCUACGUCUAUAACAUCCUUUUAUUUCCCCAACUUAUUCACCUCGGUUUCUGGUGGUUUGUUGUCAUUGAUAUUUUGCUGCAUGUCGCAUUUCUGACUCUGGUGUUGGUUGUAGUCUACAUCGUUACCUAUGUUGUCUUCAAAAAGGCAAUGCAGAAACAUCAAGAAAGCCAAAUGAGGGAGGAUGAGCAAGAGAAUACCAAAAACGAGGCCCUGGAGAAAGAGUUCCUGAAGACCACAUUCAUCAUGACUACCACGCUGAUUGUUUUUACCUUCCCAUUUGCAAUAACAGUAUUGUACUGGUUGCUAAACAGCAGCUACAACAUUUACCAUUUCUCUGCACUGCUGUUUACCACUGACCUGUUCUAUGUCAAGUUUCUUCUGGAUGCGUUCAUCCUGCUCUGGCGGAUGCCUAAGUACCGGCAUGCCGUGAAACUAGUGUGGACUCGCUGCUGUUGUUGCCAGUGCUGUGUUAGUUGCUGUGGCGAGGAGCAUGAAAUGGUGGCAACCUAUAAUGUGGACAACACUCACAUUGACAUGACAGUGGCUUAAGUGGAACAUAUUGAAUUCUUUUGUUAGGAUAGGACUUGUGGUGUCUUCAGGUUUGAAGCCUUUUAAUAUACUAUAAUGAGGCUUAAAUACAAAGGUAAUGGCUGCAUCGCGCAAGCAAUAUUAACCGCUGACCACCGGAUGUAAAGUUGCCGGAAGAAGACUAUUACAGAACUAUAAUGAGCUUGUUGGAGUUCAUAUUCUUUGAUAGUUGGAACUGUAGUUAACAGAAGGUGUUGAACGAGCAUCUAUCUUCCCUGCUAAAUUUAGUGUUGUCAUAAGUGGUUUAAUUGCCUGCCUCCUCCUUCCAUGGUGUUUUAGCUUUUCAUGAUAACACAAGGAUUCGUCUAGCAUGGUUUAACUUUUAUCAGGAAUUUUUUAGUUUAUAAGAUAAUUGAUAAGAAAUGGUUUUGGCAAGCAUUGGCAAUUAUGUAAGCACUGCAUUUAAUAAAAAGAGCAUUGUAUUAAGGCAUAUUUUGACUGUUUUAUAGUUGUAAUUUUUUAAUUUGAUAAUUUGCAUUUUUUUUUUUAUUCCUGUAGCGACACAGUCAUUUGCAAUGCACUAUUAUUACACAGCUGGUCAGCAAACUAAGUUUUUUUUUUACAUUGAAUAUUGCAGUUUAUGAAACAAACAGUUAGAUAUGAUAUGCCAACUUGGCUAAUAGAGCCUUCUAAAGAAUGCAAAAUAGCUCAGGAAUUGUAUAUAGGAUACAGACAGAGAGGCUUGUAUCUUUCAAUGUACAUAUAAUAAAUUGUAGAUGGUAAAUAUAGAGGUUAAUCAUU